CAUUCUUCUCUGCUCCCCCUCUUUAUAGAGAACCCCUCCUCUGAGUCUGGCUCGCUACUUUCUCCAUCUAGAUUCAAGAAGCUUGAAAGAGCUUGGUAUGUCAUGUGCAUUUUUUGCUGAAAAGAAAACACAAGCAGAACCAGUUAGAUUUCUGUGGAAAGUCACUAUUGUGUGUAUGCAUUUACAUAUGAAAUGGGCUCUCGAGGAAGGCUGUUAUUCGAUCUCAAUGAACCCCCCACGGAGGAUGAAGGGGAGAGUGAUCAAGUCACUUGCUUCCAGCCACAGAAGGCACCUCCAUCUACAAAUCCCAACACAUCUGAUUUAGUUGUGACACCAGCAGGAACCCAAGGAAUUAUCAAUAAAAAUGCUUUCUCACAUGCAUCAACGGUGUCUGGUUUUCAGCCUUUUGUUCGGUCCAAAACUUCUCCUUGCCCAGAAGUGUCUGUCAUACCAAAAAGGGAAGCAGAUCAGAAUGCUAGCUUUGCACCAUCAUCUUCAAAGGCAAAUAAUGAGGAGAUGAAAGCAGACACAGCAGCUUCAUUAGUUUCAGGUUCUGCUGAAGCUCAAGCUGUGGAAAGAGAAGAAGGGGAGUGGUCUGAUGCUGAGGGUUCAGCUGAUGCAUUUACAAGCAGUAGUUUGCAGGAACAGGGUAAAGCCUCAAAUGAGCAAGUUAUACCUGCAGUAAUGGAUUGUAGCACAUCAGGUGUGGCUGCUGAGAACGCUAAAGCUACUGAAUAUAAUCAUGCUCCAUUAACAUUGGAUCAACAUAUGAAUGAUAAGAAAGCAAGCAGUAACCGGAAUUCAGAAGGUUCCAGUAAGGGUGACAUGUCUCUGGAUGGUCAAGAGGGACCUAGCUUGGUUCCUAAACAAAGAGAAGUUAAAGGUAUUGAAGCAAGUCAUGCACUUAAGUGUGCUAAUACUCCAGUAAAGAGGAAGGUAGAUGAACAGAAAGAAGCAAUGCUGGGAAAGAAACGCAACAGGAAGACCAUGUUUUUAAAUUUGGAAGAUGUCAAGCAAGCUGGCACCACAAAAACUUCAACACCAAGAAGGCAGAACCUUCCAACACCAGUUAUUACUCGUACUGUGAAAGAAAUCCGUACUGCUUCUCAACCUGCAGAACGGCUUGGAGAAAAGCAAAGUCAGCUGGUAAUUGAGGAUCAGAAACAAGUUGAUGUGACAUGUAAUGAAGAAAGUAAUCCUGUGGAGGCUUGUGAUCGUAAAGCUGAGUGUAAUGGUGAUACUAAUUCUGGAUUAUUUUCUAGGCCCAGGAGGCUAAAUAGUGAUAGUGAUCUUUCUGCAGAGGCUCACCAACCCUCCAUUCUGAGGCAGAGUUCAUGGAAGCAGCCCAUGGAUUUGAGGCAGCUUAAGAAUUCACAGUUUUCUAACAGAAAAUCAACUCUGGUCAGUCAAAGCUCUAUGGAUCCAAAGAUAGGAAAUAAAAAACACCCUUCUUCCAAAAAACCAACAUCUAGCGGUAAUUCAUAUCAAGAUACAUCUGUGGAACGCCUCAUACGGGAGGUGACCAAUGAAAAGCUUUGGCAUCAGUCAGAAGAGACCGAUCUUCAAUGUGUUCCUGGUCAGUUUGAGUCUGCAGAAGAAUAUGUCAGAGUAUUUGAGCCUUUACUAUUUGAGGAAUGUCGUGCGCAACUGUAUAGCACCUGGGACGAGUUGAUUGAAUUGCCUUCAAGAGAUACACAUGUAAUGGUCCGAAUAAAGAACAUUGAAAGGCGAGAACGAGGAUGGUAUGAUGUGGUAGUUCUACCUGCUAAUGAGUGCAAAUGGACUUUUAAGGAGGGUGAUGUUGCUGUUUUGUCAUCCCCAAGGCCUGGAUCAGUUAGAUCUAAGCGGAGUAAUGCCUUGUCAGUGGAAGAAGAUGAGGAGCCUGAGGUCGUCGGACGUGUGGCUGGUACAGUUAGACGUCAUGUUCCCCUUGACAUUCGUGAUCCUCUUGGGGCAAUCCUUCAUUUUUAUGUUGGGGACUCCUAUGAUUCAGUUUCUAACAGCAAGGAGUACGAUGAUCAUAUUCUUGGGAAACUUCAACCAAAAAGUAUUUGGUAUCUGACAGUACUUGGUUCACUUGCAACUACUCAGCGAGAGUAUGUGGCUUUGCAUGCAUUUUCUCGUCUUAAUUCCCAGAUGCAAACUGCAAUCCUUAAGCCCAGUCCAGAUCACUUCCCAAAAUAUGAGCAGCAGACCCCUGCCAUGCCUGAAUGCUUCACCCAGAAUUUUGUGGAUCAUUUGCAUAGGACCUUCAAUGGGCCCCAGCUUCUAGCAAUCCAGUGGGCUGCUAUGCACACAGCUGCUGGAACAAGCAGUGGAAUGACAAAGAGGCAAGAACCAUGGCCUUUUACUCUUGUUCAGGGACCUCCAGGAACAGGCAAGACACAUACAGUUUGGGGAAUGCUAAAUGUCAUUCAUCUGGUCCAGUAUCAGCAUUACUACACCUCUUUGCUCAAGAAACUAGCACCUGAGAGCUAUAAGCAAGCAAGUGAGAGCAAUUCUGACAAUGUUGCUAUGGGAUCAAUUGAUGAAGUUCUUCAAAACAUGGAUCAGAAUCUCUUCCGCACUCUUCCUAAACUCUGCCCAAAACCCAGAAUGUUGGUUUGUGCUCCUUCUAAUGCUGCAACAGAUGAGCUUCUUGCUCGUGUUCUUGACCGUGGAUUCAUUGAUGGUGAGAUGAAAGUCUACCGUCCUGAUGUGGCUAGGGUUGGGGUUGACUCACAGACACGUGCUGCCCAGGCAGUUUCUGUUGAGCGGAGAACUGAACAGCUUCUGCUUAAGAGUCGUGAAGAAAUUUUAGGUCACAUGCAUGCACUAAGAGCUCGUGAAGCUAUGUUGUCUCAACAGAUAUCUGGACUUCAAAGAGAGCUUAACGUUGCAGCUGCUGCUGUUCGUUCUCAAGGGUCAGUUGGUGUUGACCCUGAUGUUUUGAUUGCUCGGGACCAAAAUCGAGAUGCAUUGUUACAGAACCUAGCAGCAGUGGUUGAAAGCAGGGAUAAGGUUCUAGUUGAGAUGUCUCGCCUUCUGAUUUUAGAAGCCAAAUUCCGUCCUGGUAGUAACUUCAAUUUGGAAGAAGCCCGGGCUAAUCUUGAGGCAAGUUUUGCCAACGAGGCAGAGAUUGUUUUUACUACUGUUUCAAGUAGUGGUCGAAAGCUGUUCUCCCGACUUACUCAUGGUUUUGACAUGGUGGUUAUAGAUGAGGCUGCCCAAGCUAGUGAAGUUGCAGUGCUUCCUCCCCUUUCUCUUGGUGCAGCACGAUGUGUCCUUGUUGGAGAUCCCCAGCAGCUUCCCGCAACAGUUAUCAGCAAGGCUGCUGGGACCUUGCUUUACAGUAGAAGUCUGUUUGAAAGGUUCCAGCAAGCAGGGUGCCCUACUAUGUUGUUGUCUGUGCAAUAUAGGAUGCAUCCCCGAAUUCGGGAUUUUCCUUCAAGGUAUUUUUACCAAGGACGUCUUACUGACAGUGAAAGUGUUGUCAGCUUACCUGAUGAGGUUUACUACAAGGAUCCUUUGCUUCAACCUUAUUUAUUCUAUGAUAUUACCCAUGGGCGGGAGUCGCAGAGAGGUGGUUCUGUUUCUUAUCAAAAUUUGCACGAAGCAGCAUUUUGUCUUCGCUUGUAUGAGCAUCUUCAGAAAACUUUGAAAUCUCUGGGUGUGGGGAAAAUCACUGUUGGCAUAAUUACACCAUACAAGCUGCAACUGAAAUGCCUCCAACGGGAAUUUGAGGGUGUAUUAAAAUCUGAAGAAGGGAAGGACAUAUAUAUAAAUACUGUAGAUGCUUUCCAGGGCCAGGAACGUGAUGUCAUUAUAAUGUCAUGUGUACGUGCCUCAAAUCAUGGGGUUGGCUUUGUUGCUGACAUUCGGCGAAUGAAUGUUGCUCUUACUCGUGCUAGAAGGGCACUUUGGGUUAUGGGCAAUGCAAAUGCUCUGAUGCAAUCUGAUGAUUGGGCAGCCUUGAUUACUGAUGCCAAAGCUAGGAACUGUUAUAAGGACAUGGAUUCUCUACCCAAAGAUUUCCCCAAGGACUUGCCCACCAAAGAAUUUUCAGCACCAAGAGGACCCCCUUACUCUUCAUCGCAAGGUAAGAUGUCUUCUAAUAUGAGGGGCUUUAGGUCAGCUGGACCUAGACACAGAUCAUUGGAAAUGCACUCUGAGAGCAGGUCAGGAACACCAUCAGAAGAUGAAGACAAGCUAGGCACAUCAGUUGUUUCCAGAAAUGGUAAUUACCGGCCAUAUAAGCUGCCAAUAGAGACUUCCUUGGAUGAUUUUGAUCAGUCAGGCGAUAAAUCUAGAGAUGUCUGGCAAUACGGCAUACAAAAAAGGCAAAAUUCUUCUGGAUUUGUGGGCAAGAGAGAUUAGUUAUUUGUCUGCAAAUUCUCUAUCUUAGAGCAGAGGAACUCAAAUGUGAAGUUCUCUUUCUGGAUAUUUUGGUGUCUUGAUCUUGAUGCCCAAGACUUCAGCAUUAGCUCCUGAUGCUGAUUUCUUCAGCUGAAUAUGGCAUGACAGCAAGGUGGUGCUGAACUUGCAUUGCAUUAAGUUUUUAAGGAAAGAUCAGAGGAUGGAUUUGGAAGAGGGAGCUGUUAACUUGUGCUAGAAGUCCUGCUGCCUGCUUGUGCAGAAAGAUCAAUCUGUCCACGGAACUGAUUCCUGUGAUUUCUUGGAAGGGGUGGAUCAAGUUGGGUAGACAUGGGAAAUCAUACCCUUCAUCCACCAGUUUACAGUCUUCAAAGGUAAGAAAAAUUUUUCUGCUAG